AUGCCCCGCUUGACACCAGAGCUGAUCCGGACAGCCAGGAGGAGUCACGCGCUUCUCCCACUCCUUCUGCCAGAAUGCCGGACAAUCGAGCAGGCAUCUAUGGAGCUGCGCUGGCUGACGCGCGAAGGGCGGCAGCGGUGGGGAGGAGGAGGAGGAAAAGGUUGGUUGAAAGCCCUCUGCGAGAAACGUGGGCGUGGAUGGCCGCUGCAGUACCUGUUGGGUACCCAGCCGUUUGGGGCUUUGGAGAUGAUAUGUGAGAGAGGGGUGUUGAUUCCGAGACCGGAGACGGAACAGUCUGCUAGCCAUCUAGGUGGCCAUAUGCUUAAACACCUGCACCCGCACUCGCAGGUCAGGAUUGUUGAUUUAUGUACUGGGACGGGAUGCAUUCCACUGCUCCUACACAAUCAAUUAUCUGCGGCAGGGAUGUCUUCACGAAUACUUGGUGUUGAUAUUUCGGUUAAGGCGCUGCGAUCGAGCAAACGGAAUCUCGAACAUAAUGAAAAAGUGCUGUCGGCUAACGCACGUGAAGAUAUCGAGUUCUUCGGUGGUGAUGUUCUGGCAGUGGAUAGUUUGGUCGAAACAAUUGGGGGAAAGCUUCAAGGGGUAGACAUAGUGAUAUCAAACCCACCAUAUAUUUCAAAGGAGUCAUUCAAUAGAUCUACCGGCCGCUCCGUCAGGAACUACGAACCUAAGCUGGCGUUGGUGCCAAAAGGUGGUAACGGGGAUAUAUUUUAUCCCGCCAUUGGACGGGUUGCGGAGAGUCUGGGAUCUCAAGCGGUUAUAGCUGAGGUUGAGGGAUGGGAGCAGGCAAAUCGGGUCAAGCAAGAAUGGGCAGGAAGUGGGGUUUGGGAGGGCGUUGGUAUAUGGAAAGAUUUUGCGGGAAUUGGAAGGACGGUGGUUGGAUGGAGACGCGGAUGGGAGUGGAUUCGAGAUGGACCGGAUGUAGUAUCGUAUUAUAGAGAUUGGGGGGAAUGA